UAAAUCCUAAGUUGAAUAUCAUGUAAUUGUUCUUCCGCAUCCAACCAUGAAGAUCUCCGCUGCUGCAUUGGUGGCGGUGGUGGCGCUGAGUGUUGUCCUGUGUGCCAGCAGCGACGGCGAUUACUCGUCCACCGUCGCGAAAGUGAAGAUUGUGAGGGGGAAGAAGCUGUGCGACAAAGGGUGGAAGUGUAAAGGGUGGUCAAAGUACUUUUGCAAUCUCACCAUCUCCGAUUACUUCCAGACUUACCAGUUUGAGAAUCUGUUCUCCAAGAGAAACACGCCGGUGGCGCAUGCCGUUGGGUUUUGGGAUUACCAGGCGUUUAUCACCGCCGCCGCGCUUUUCGAGCCUCUUGGGUUUGGGACCACGGGUGGGAAGCUUAUGCAGAUGAAGGAGAUCGCCGCCUUUCUUGGACAUGUCGGCAGCAAAACCUCUUGGAAGUCACCACUCUUGUUUGUGCAUAGAAUUGCUAUUUUGGGUAGCUCUUGUUUUUAUAAUUAGUAAUGUUUGAUUGAGAUUUGUUGAGUUUUAGUGAAUUGGGUUUAUGAACAAUGUCGAUUUUGAGGGAAAAAACUUGGAUUUCAUA